CCUUGUAUCUUCUUACUUACGUCAACAUUCUGUCUCUUUUCUCAGUUGGAAAAAGAAACCUGAAAGUAAGGGAAAGUUUCUUAAAGAUGGGAUUUUCAGAUAACCUUUUGUUGCUGUAGAGAUGCACCCAUUUUUCUGACUUCAAGGAUGGAGUCCAAAAUGAAGGUACUAGUGAGGUUCAAUAACAAUGGCAGUACAGAUAUAAAGAAGGCAGUGCCAGUAUACAAAGCAACAGUCCCUUUGUUGAAAACUGUAGGAGGUCAUUCUGAUAGUAAUAGUAAUAGUAGAAUUCCCAAAUUUGGAAAAUUCAAGGUUUUCCCAGAGGAUCAUGAGCCCAGGAAGGAAAGAAUCCUAGAUCCUGGCAGUGAAACAUUCUUACAAUGGAACAGGAUUUUUCUCUUUUGGUGCUUAGUAGCUUUAUUUGUUGAUCCAUUGUUUUUCUACAUGCCUUCAGUCAUCAACAAAGACACUACAUCUUGCAUGGAUACUGAUUUAAAUCUAGGAAUCAUCGUCACAUGUUUCCGAACACUGGCCGAUGCGUUUUACGCAUUGCAUAUAAUCAUCAAGUUCCGCACCGCGUAUGAAUCGCCUAACUCCCGAGUAUUCAGGAGAGGCGAACUUGUUACCGACCCUCAUAUGAUUGCCAGCAGGUACUUGAAAUCAGAUUUCUUCAUAGAUCUACUAGCUGCCCUCCCUCUUCCCCAGAUUAUGAUAUGGUUCAUUAUACCAGCAACAAGGAGCUCCCAUGGUGACUAUACUAAUAAUGCAUUGGUGCUGAUUGUUUUAGUGCAAUAUGUUCCCCGGUUGUAUUUAAUCUUCCCUUUAAGCUCUCAGAUUAUAAAGAAUACUGGUGUUGUCACAAAGACUGCUUGGGCUGGUGCUGCAUAUAAUCUAUUGCUUUACAUGUUAGCUAGCCAUGUAUUAGGGGCAUCAUGGUAUUUGCUGUCCGUUGAACGACACGUAAUAUGUUGGAAAUCUGAAUGCAGAAAAGAAACUAGCCCUCUGCAAUGCAAUCCCCAUUACCUUGACUGUGGCACAUUAGGUGACAGUGGUCGCCGGAAAUGGGAAAACGGUACCGUUGUGUUUACUAAAUGUCAUCCCGAUAACGAUAUCAGUUUCGACUAUGGGAUUUUCGAAAUUGCUUUGACAAAGCAAGUACUUUCUUCAAGCUUCCUUCAGAAGUAUUUCUAUUGUCUAUGGUGGGGUUUGCAGAAUUUGAGCUCCUAUGGACAAGCUCUAAAUACAAGUACAUUUGUGUGGGAAACCUUGUUUGCCAUACUGAUUGCCAUCUUGGGUUUAGUUCUGUUUGCCCAUUUAAUCGGAAAUAUGCAGACCUACCUACAAUCCAUCACUGUGAGACUAGAGGAAUGGAGGCUUAAGCGACGAGACACCGAGGAGUGGAUGAGACAUCGCCAACUCCCUCAAGACCUGCGAGAACGUGUUCAAUGUUUCGUUCAGUAUAAGUGGCUUGCAACUCGUGGUGUGGAUGAAAAAUCGAUAUUACAAGCCUUACCCCCUGAUCUCCGUCGAGAUAUCCAACGCCAUCUAUGUUUGGACCUUGUCCGGCGUGUCCCCUUUUUCUCACAAAUGGAUGAUCAGCUACUAGAUGCCAUAUGUGAGCGGUUAGUAUCAUCUUUAAGUACUCAAGGAACCUACAUUGUUCGGGAAGGUGACCCUGUCACGGAGAUGCUUUUCAUUAUCAGAGGGAGGUUAGAGAGUUGCACUACAAAUGGAGGCCGGACCGGUUUCUUUAACUCGAUUAAUCUAAGACCGGGCGAUUUUUGCGGUGAGGAGCUACUUUCUUGGGCUUUACUUCCCAAAUCUUCUUCCAACUUGCCUUCCUCUACAAGAACGGUAAGAGCAUUAGUUGAAGUGGAGGCCUUUGUAUUAAGAGCCGAAGAUCUCAAGUUUGUGGCCAACCAGUUUCGACGUCUCCACAGCAAGAAGUUGCAACACACGUUUAGGUACCAUUCUUACCAUUGGAGGACAUGGGGUGCCUGCUUUAUUCAAGCAGCUUGGCGCCGACACAUGAAGAGAACGAUGGCGAGAAACCUUAAGUGUGAUGGAGUUGACCAAAGGCAACAAGGGGAAGAACACGGUGUCGUGUCUUCGAAGUCUUCCCAUGUAAAACUGAAUCUAGGUGUGACAAUACUAGCUUCAAAGGUUGCAGCAAAUACAAGGCGAGGAGCUCAGAGGAUGAAGGAUGUUGAAAUGCCUAAGUUGCAAAAGCCCCUAGACCCAGAUUUCUCGGCAGAACCAGAUGAUGAGUAGAUCUCCAACAUUUUAUAUCUGUAAUGGCUGUCGUAGGAACAUGGUAUGGUUCACAUAAUUUUACAUUGUUGGAUGAUGUAUAGAGUUUCUACGUAGCAGAAGUGAACUUCUCUAACAUGUUAGCAACACUAUUCAAAGGCUAUAUAUAUAGAUUAUGUUACACUUAAGAUUUAAA